AUGGACACAAGGUGCAUCUGCUGCUGGAUGGACACAAGGUGCAUCUGCUGCUGGAUGUACACAAGGUGCAUCUGCUAUAGUGAUGGACACAAGGUGCAUCUGCUGCUGGAUGGACACAAGGUGCAUCUGCUGCUGGAUGGACACAAGGUUCAUCUGCUGCUGGAUGGAAACAAGGUGCAUCUGCUGCUGGAUGGACACAAGGUGUAUCUUCUGCUGGAUGGACACAAGGUGCAUCUGCUCCUGGAUGGACACAAAGUUCAUCUGCUGCUGGAUGGAAACAAGGUGCAUCUGCUACAGUUAUGGACACAAGGUGCAUCUGCUGCUGGAUGGACACAAGGUGUAUCUUCUGCUGGAUGGACACAAGGGGCAUCUGAUGUAGUGAUGGACACAUGGUGCAUCUGCUACCGUGAUGGACACAAGGUGCAUCUGCUGCUGGAUGGACACAAGGUGUAUCUUCUGCUGGAUGGACACAAGGGGCAUCUGCUGCUGGAUGGACACAAGGGGCAUCUGCUGCUGGAUGGACACAGUGUGCAUACGCUGUAG